GGAGCAUGGAUUGAGCUUCUGCCUCUGUUGUCAAUGACUCAACGGUAUGAAAUGACUCUAUCAUCGUCUGUCAAGGCCCUAGGCGUAUCCAUCCUUUCUAGAGGCCGCAACGGAAUAGCGCCGAUUUCAGAUGCUCUAGCCGCCCACUGCUCCGCAUUGAACUCGCUUCAUGACAGCCUGCAUAACAUAGAUACGUCCAAUUCUGACGCCUUGGCGGUGGCCAUUAUGUGCCUAAUGAUUUCAGAAAUGAUAUUGCCCACAUCCAUCUCUAGUGGCACCGCUCAUGCCUCUGGCUUAAGCGAUUUGAUUCAGCUGCAUAGUCCAGAAGCAUACUCUUCCGGGCCGUCCCAUAGGGUCUUCAUUGGUCUUCGUCCCGCUAUUAUUAUCCAUGCGAUUCGUAAAAAACAGCCCACAUUUCUUGCUGCGCCCGAGUGGCGGACGAAGCCAUUUCAAUAUGUCAAGGCAAACUCGUUCCACGCUCUUAUGACGGAGGCGACUGCACUUCCCUCUAUUCUAGUUGAUAUCGACGAGUUAAAAUUCGACUCGCCCAGCUCAAAUUCACCCUUUCCCGUGUUUCAGGCACUCAAAGACCUUCUCAACGCUCUGAUUGCUUGGAACAUAACUUUCCAAAGCCUUUAUAAUAAGCCGUCAUUCCGUAUUCUCAACAAAGGAACAGAAAGACCGUGCUUAUGGUUUCCCGACAUUACUUCAGCGAAUUCAAUGACGCACUACUGGGCUUUUUGGAUAAUGUGCGUUGUAUAUAUCAGGAAGCUGAGAGAUAACUAUCCUGAACUUCGAGAUGAUGACUUUUUAAUCAAUGGAGAGAGUCCGGAGAGUCCCAUGAUUACAGAAAUGGCGAUUCAAAUGUCAACUUGGAUAUUCCAAAGCAUCGAGUACUUGGUGCAAGAAGAGAUGAAGCUCUUUGGAGCAAUAUCCACAGCACUACCAACCAGAAUAGCUUACCAAUUCCUCCGA